UGCAGCGGGGAGCGCAGACUUCCCCCGUCCUCAGAUUCUCCACCAAAUCCACUCCAGCCUGCGGAGGAGGGGGAGGGACGGGGCGUUUGGCCAAUAACAGCUUCGCUUUCUUGCCUGCCGCCCAAUAGACCGCUGUUUACAGGCAGGGGCGGGACUAGGAGGGCAGAAGUGGGCGGUCCCGGGCUGGCCGGGCGCCGCGGUGCAGCAGCUCACAGGGAGCGCGUCUCACAGGUAGUCCGCGCCUCGGCGACGCGGGACUCGCUGCCGCCGCUGGCCAAGGUGCUGGACACUACCUACCUGUCGGCCACCUCGCCAGCUCAGUUGCCCGUUGCAGCCGCGGCUGCCUCGCUCCCACCCGGGUCCCCAUGGAAGAGAUGGAAGAAGAGUUAAAAUGCCCCGUGUGCGGGUCCUUCUAUCGGGAGCCCAUCAUCCUGCCCUGCUCCCACAAUUUAUGUCAGGCGUGCGCUCGCAACAUCCUGGUGCAAACCCCGGAGUCCGAGUCCCCCCAAAGCCGUCGGGCCUCGGGCUCCGGGGUCUCCGACUAUGACUACCUGGAUCUGGACAAGAUGAGCCUGUACAGCGAAGCGGACAGCGGCUAUGGCUCCUAUGGGGGUUUUGCCAGCGCCCCCACUACUCCGUGCCAGAAGUCCCCCAACGGAGUCCGCGUGUUCCCCCCGGCUAUGCCGCCACCGGCCACCCACCUGUCACCGGCCUUGGCCCCGGUGCCCCGCAACUCCUGUAUCACCUGCCCCCAGUGCCACCGCAGUCUCAUCCUGGAUGACCGGGGUCUCCGUGGCUUCCCCAAGAACCGCGUCCUGGAAGGGGUAAUUGACCGCUACCAGCAGAGCAAAGCCGCGGCCCUCAAGUGCCAGCUCUGCGAGAAGGCGCCCAAGGAGGCCACCGUCAUGUGCGAACAGUGCGAUGUCUUCUACUGCGAUCCGUGCCGCCUUCGCUGCCAUCCGCCCCGGGGCCCCCUAGCCAAGCACCGCCUGGUGCCUCCGGCCCAGGGCCGCGUGAGCCGGCGGCUGAGCCCGCGCAAGGUCUCCACCUGCACAGACCACGAGCUGGAGAACCACAGCAUGUACUGCGUGCAGUGCAAGAUGCCCGUGUGCUAUCAAUGCUUGGAGGAAGGCAAACACUCCAGCCACGAAGUCAAGGCUCUGGGGGCCAUGUGGAAACUGCACAAGAGCCAGCUGUCCCAGGCGCUGAACGGGCUGUCGGACAGGGCCAAAGAAGCCAAGGAGUUCCUGGUGCAGCUCCGCAACAUGGUCCAGCAGAUCCAGGAGAACAGUGUGGAGUUUGAGGCCUGCCUAGUGGCCCAGUGUGAUGCCCUCAUCGACGCCCUCAACAGGAGGAAAGCCCAGCUGCUUGCACGCGUCAACAAGGAGCAUGAGCACAAGCUGAAGGUGGUUCGAGAUCAGAUCUCUCACUGCACAGUGAAAUUGCGCCAGACCACAGGUCUCAUGGAGUACUGCCUGGAGGUGAUAAAGGAAAAUGAUCCUAGUGGCUUUUUGCAGAUUUCUGACGCCCUCAUAAGGAGAGUGCACCUGACUGAGGACCAGUGGGGGAAAGGCACGCUCACUCCCAGGAUGACCACAGACUUCGACUUGAGUCUGGACAACAGCCCUCUGCUGCAGUCCAUUCACCAGCUCGACUUCGUGCAGAUGAAAGUCCCAGCGACCCCUAUCCUACAGCUGGAGGAGUGCUGCACCCACAACAACAGCGCCACACUGUCCUGGAAACAGCCGCCUCUGUCCACGGUGCCCGCCGAGGGAUACAUUCUGGAGCUGGAUGAUGGCAGUGGUGGGCAGUUCCGGGAAGUGUAUGUCGGAAAGGAGACCAUGUGCACCGUGGAUGGUCUUCACUUCAACAGCACGUACAACGCUCGCGUCAAGGCCUUCAACAAAACAGGAGUCAGCCAGUACAGCAAGACCCUGGUCCUCCAGACGUCCGAGGACACAGAUUCAGAAGAACAGACACUCCCUUUUCCAGUGCCUUCGGAAAGAUUGCCGCUCCGUAGAAUGAGUCCUUUCUCCUCCACCCUAAAUCUCCAGCCCAGCUUUCCCGGGAGAUCCUACUUUGAUUUCCGAUCCUCACCCCACCAGCUGAGCUUGCAUUCCUCCUUACAGUCUCUCAAUGCACCGGGAUGCAAUUUUGAGCCACAAUCUGCACCUUACUCUCAAUUAGUUGACAUUAAAAAGCUGUUGGCAGUGGCCUGGUUUGCUUUUGACCCCGGCUCAGCACACUCGGACAUCAUCUUCUCCAACGACAACCUGACUGUGACCUGCAGCAGUUACGAUGACCGGGUGGUACUAGGGAAGACCGGCUUCUCCAAGGGUGUCCACUACUGGGAGAUAACGGUGGACCGCUACGACAACCACCCCGACCCUGCCUUUGGCGUGGCUCGCAUUGACGUGAUGAAGGAUGUGAUGUUAGGAAAGGACGACAAAGCUUGGGCAAUGUAUGUGGACAAUAACCGGAGCUGGUUCAUGCACAACAACUCGCACACCAACAGAACUGAGGGAGGGAUCGCAAAAGGGGCCACCAUCGGGGUCCUCCUCGACUUAAACAGGAAAACCUUGACCUUUUUUGUCAACGACGAACAGCAAGGGCCCAUCGCCUUCGAGAACAUGGAGGGCCUCUUCUUCCCGGCCGUGAGCCUGAACAGGAACGUGCAGGUCACACUUCACACCGGGCUCCCAGUCCCUGACUUCUACUCCAGCAGAGCAUCAAUAGCCUAAGGAUGGGCUGUGGAAGCGCCAGCUGCCUGCUCUUCCCUCCGCCUGAGAAGCAACUGCAAGGAGCUCAGCCAGAGCGUGGUGGGAUGCCAGAGAGCUGGAAGGAGAGGGAGAAGGAGGAGAGCAAAGCUGGUCCUCUAUGCUCUUUACACCCCACAGCUCCGCCCCUUCCCUUCCAACCUCUCUCUUGCUGUAAUGCCUGCAUUCGCUCCCAUGUUCAGCAAUUCCAACCAGCGAAGGACCCAGACAGCCCCCGUGUCGCUUCGUUUCCUCUCUCAGAUUUUGCUUUUAGUUCACUUCAUUUUUAUGUAGGUGAGUUACAUUGUGUUUCCUGCUGGUCGUGUUAUCAGUGACACAUGGAACUGGCCCUGCCAAGAGGAAAUUCCCCUGAUAACUUGUUUUCUUAAGCUUUCUGUCAGAGGUUGUAGGGAGAGAUAGGGAAGAAGGAGCUGAAUUUGGAGCCUGCAGUUUAACUCCUAGAAUGUCCUUGCCCUGCUACCCCUCGUGCAGUGUUCGCUCUGCAUAGCUGAUCUUUGGGGGGAGGGGGAGUGGACAGAGUGAAGGAAGCCUUGAAAAGUUUUCCUAUCCAUUGAAGCACAAAAGGAUCAGCUACACAGCUACACCGUGGGUAGGGCCGUUAGGAUAGCUGGGUCAUUGGGACAGGCCAGAACCCUGGUCAUUGAAUGAAAACGGAAAGUCUCCAGACAUAAGCAGACCAGGGCACUUAACAAUUUGGUUCAUUUCUUUAAUACACGUUUUUGAUUGAGAGCCUACGAUGGACCAGGCACUAUUCUAGACACAGGAGACCGGUGAGUACACAGGUGUGGUCUCUGUCCUCCUAGGAGAACAACCCAAAAUAAAAUGAUAGCAAAUUGUUACAACUAGAAGGGAAGUAAACAAGGGAGAGAGAGGCUCAUUGGCAAGAUCUUUUAAACCCCCUGCCAUGAUGCUAAAAAUCCACAUAUUUUGGCCAUAGCACCAGAAACAUACCCACUCAAUGCCUUUCCCGCCGUGCUGUUUUAAUGAGGGUACCUGCUGCCAUUCAUCACAGAGCCCUUCUUUAGUAGAAAUUAUGUCAGCAUUCUUAUUGGUUAAUGCUGCAAUGAUACUAAGCCUUAAAAAUGUAUGGGGGGGCGGGGAUAGUGGCCAGAGGAGGUGGGCCCGUCCUCAGUAGUGGGAAUCUUGGGUUUCAGGCCAUCUUAUCACAUUCUCAGGAUAAACACGCUCACCCCAUGUACUACUCUCUGUGCCUGUGACAGAUGAACAAAUCCAUCCUCUCUGCUGCCAUUACAACCUGCCUUCCUGGAGUUGUUCAAAUAAUGUUUGGAAGAAAAUGAAAUUGUAUGCAAUUGCUAUGAGUGAUAGCAAAGUAAUAAUGCUCGUUACUUCUAUAGAGGGAGACUGACAUGUAACAUCCCCUUCAGAUUCUUUAGUUUAACAUGACAUUUUAGAAAAUUCGCCAGUGAGCCAAGAAAUUCACCAUGAAAAAAAAACAACAACACACACACACACAACAAGAAUAACAAAUAAAAGGGAAGAGGUAGGAUGGGAAAGCUAACAAAUUAAAGUUUUGGCAAAAAAGUAAUAUAUGUAAAUAGCUACUGGUUUAGUUUUGUGCUUACCUGAUUUAGACUAGUUCUCUCAGUUACAGUUUUUUUAGUCACGUGUACCUAAUUUAUUGAAUGGGUGCUAUCCUGUUUCUGUCCGUCCUGGUUUCUCUUGGCUAUAGAAAACCUCUGUUGCAGGGCAACACUAGUUUGAUAUUUGAUUUUCUCUCCAAAUGAGACUCGAUGGCUGGGCCGCUGUAGACUCAUAGUUACCCUUGUUCUUUAUGAAAUUCAUCCUGCUAAUUAGAUUUCUAGUGACUUGUAACAUGUAGUUUACACAGAAUUGCAAGAAUAGAAGCUGCUGUACUAGAAAAAAAUGAUCUUUCUGGUGUGCCAAUAAAUGAUUUUUAUGAGAGAACA